AUGGAUGUUAAUGUGACCAUAAAUACCCAUAAUGAAUUAGGAAAUGAUUCAACUUCAAAAGGAUUUACUUUGCAACUCUUUUAUAGUAAAACGACUUUCCAAAUAACAUUCACCUGCGUUAUUUUUACUAUUGCUUUUUUUGGAUGCAUUGGAAACCUUGCCACAAUAGUUAAAAUCGUAUACGAUCCGAAAUACCACACACCGACAUUUGCUGCUAUCGGUCAGUUGGCUUUGGCAGAUUUUCUAUCAGUCACAUUUACAACUAUUGUGAGAAUGACAAACAUUUCCGAUAUUGAUAGGUUGCCUAUUGUAUUACUCAUGACGACAAGUGCUCUGAGUUCUUAUUCUCAUGUGUGUUUUCUGUCCGUUGUCAGAUAUUUAAUCACAGUGUUUCCCUUACAGAGCAGACAACAUCUCACUGUAACGGCGAUGUGUUUGUGUUCACUCACAAUAUGGAUAUCUUGCGGUGUAUUUACAGCUAUUUUAAAAUAUACUGCAGACACAGCAGGUUUGAUAUAUAUGAUGACAAUUUAUCUCAUCGCCAAUGUUUUUAUAUUGUUAAUAGUCUGUUCUAUAAUGACCAUUUUGCAUGUUAAAAAGAUAAGAACAUUACAGAAUUCUUUGUCCGUAACAGAUCAAUCACGGAGAAGAAUGAAUAUUGUUGUCGCUAUGAUCCUUAGUAUAUUUGUAUUAUAUGAAUUGUCUGUGACAGCAAACUUUAUAAUGGUGCUUUUUUUUAAUCAACAGGUUUCAAAUGAACUAUAUUAUCAUGUGAAAAACUUAGAUUAUUUUAACAUUUUUACUGCAUGUAUAAACUAUUCUUGUAAUCCUUAUAUAUUAUUUUUUUCACAAUUCAUUUAG